CAUCACAAUAUCUUUUCUCAAAACGCAGCACUCUCCCUCGACUAGAGCUACAACAACAAGAAGAAGGAAAACAAGAAGCAAUGGCAACAAUAGCUGGUAUUAACCUGUCAACUCCCAGAGUGAUGGCAAAGACGACGGAAUCACCAAAGGCUCUGCCUAUCAGGUCACCAGGGUUGAACAACCCAUGGAAAAGGGCCAGCCUAUUUAGAUCAGAGCGCAUGUACAUGCAGCCCCUGAGAGCUGCCCCAGAUAGCAUCUCAGAAAAGGUGGAAGAAAGCAUCAAGAAUGCAGAGGAGGCGUGCGAGGGUGACCCUGCAAGCGGUGAGUGUGUGGCUGCAUGGGACGAGGUGGAAGAACUCAGUGCAGCAGCUAGCCAUGCCAGAGACAAGAAGAAAGAUUCGGACCCUUUGGAGACUUACUGUAAGGACAACCCAGAGACCGAUGAGUGCCGCACUUACGAGGAUUGAAAUGCAUAUAGUGUUAUGCUUUUUUAAUUUAUAAGUUAUGUGAUGGGAGUUGUGGUGUUCUGAUAUACGAUACCAUCUUGAAAGAUAAAAUUCCUUAUUAUUAGUGUUUGUAA